AUGGAGAAGACAAGAAACAUAUUCUGGGUUGGCAGGAAGUGGAGGUUGUUAAGUAGCAAUUACAGAAACACGAGUGUUGGAAUUGUUGUUCCACAUUCCAUGCCUGUCACAACAAAGACCUCAGACCGAGCUGCUGUUCAUGGUGUUAAGUCACCUCUUCCUGAUAUCCUCGACAAGGAGCAAGCAGAAAAAGAUAUUGAGAAAGCCAAACAAGACAAAGAAGCCAAGAGGAAACAUAUUGAAAAGACUAUACACUCCUACUUAACCAAAUAUGAUUCACCUUAA